AUGCCCGUGAAAACCGCAUCCAAAGUCGGCAAAGGCCGCCCAGCACAAAAAUCAACAACGGGCCCAAGCUCCCCAUCAACGCGCAAAACCACCGGCACACCGAUAAAGAAGCCCGCCGGAAAGCGACCAUCAAAUGUACAACCCGGCGACCCAACCCCCCAAGGCCGACGCCGCCGCUACAAGCCCGGAACAGUCGCUUUAAAAGAAAUCCGCCGCUACCAGCGCAGCUACGACCUAUUAAUCGCAAAACUCCCCUUCGCCCGCCUAGUCCGCGAAGAAGCUUCCGAGGCAUUUCUGGUCCAUCUCUUCGAAGACACGAAUUUAUGCGCCAUCCACGCGAAGCGCGUCACUAUCAUGCAAAAGGAUAUCCAACUCGCGCGGCGGAUUCGGGGCGUUUGGGCGGGAUUGGGGUGA